CGUAACGCGACGCGUGCCUGGGUAGCCCGUAGUAACCCGGAGUCCGCGGAAGUGGAGUCCAGAGGGCAGGCGGCUGAGACAGGGGAAUGAAAGUUAUGGAAACAUAACUUGUGACAUCAUCAGGUACUUUUUAUUGUUAUUUUUUGUGUAAGCAGCCAUUUAUAAUUCUGGAAGAAUAAAGCAAAUAGGAAGUCCUAUCUACAAUUUCAACAAAACUCUUAAGCAACGAACUACAUGAUGGACAUAAAGCUGGACCCUUCUCGAGAUGAUCUGCCUCUCAUGGCCAACACCAACCACAUACUUGUGAAACACUAUGUGCUAGACUUAGAUAUAGAUUUUGAAUGUCAAGUCAUUGAGGGCACCAUUGUGCUUUUCUUUGAGGAUGGAGACAGAUUGAAGCAAUGGAGCAGUUCCUCUAAGGAAACCUGCCAAAUGGAGUCAAAUGAAGCCUGCACAUUAAGGACACUCAAACCCUGCCAUAUUCCUGCGACAAAUGCAAGCUCCUCCUCAUCUAAAAUGGGAUAUAAUAAUUUUGAAAUCUGUAGCAAAGCUGAUAAAGAUAUUUCUGAUAAAGACGGUAACCAUGACAACCAGGAACAGGCUUCUGGGAUCUCUAUCUCAAAGUACUGCUGUGACACAGAGAAUCAUGGGAGAGAGGAAUUUUUGCUAGUAUUGGACUGCUGUGAUUUAUCUGUGUUAAAGGUCGAGGAGGUGGAUGUUGCUGCUGUGCUAGGUAUUGAAAAAUUUACAAGGUCUCCCAAGCUCACAGCUAUUUCUAAGGAGCUCAGGAAUGAGAUGGUUCGUGAGCUUGUGACUUUGCCUGCAGAUCGUUGGAGGGAGCAGUUCGAUUAUUUUGCUCGCUGCAGCCAGGCUCCUAGCUGUGGGGAACUCUUCUUUGACACUGACACUUGGAGUUUACGGAUCAGGAAGACAGGAGCUCAGACAGCUACUGACUUUCCUCAUGCCAUCAGAAUAUGGUACAAAACCAAACCUGAGGGGCGAUCAGUUACUUGGACCUCAGACCAGUGUGGCAGGCCAUGUGUUUAUACUAUGGGAUCUCCCAUAAACAACAGGGCCCUUUUUCCAUGCCAGGAGCCACCCGUUGCCAUGUCAACAUGGCAGGCUACAAUUCGAGCAGCUGCAUCUUUUGUUGUUUUAAUGAGUGGAGAAAAUUUUGCCAAACCAACACAGCUUCAGGAAGGAUGCUUAAGCUGGCAUUACUAUGUAACCAUGCCAAUGCCAGCCUCCACCUUCACAAUUGCAGUGGGAUGCUGGACAGAAAUGAAGCCUGAGACAGACUCACCAAGUGAUCUGGAGGCAGAGAGAUCCUUGCCACCUUCUGAGCCUGACUUCAGAUAUGUUGAUGUUUGCAGUCACAUGGAUUAUCCCUGCCGCUUCCAGAGUGCCUCUGCCUCUACCCAGGAGAUCAUUCCUCAUCGAGUCUUUGCACCAUUAUGCCUAAAGGAUGUCUGCCAAGGGACCCUACUACCACUGAUCCCUCUUUGUCUCUCAGCUGCACAUUCUGUCCUAGGAACACACCCUUUCUCCAGGCUGGAUAUACUUAUCAUCCCUGCCAACUUUCCAAGUCUGGGGAUGGCCAGCCCACACAUCAUCUUCCUCUCCCAGAGCACCUUGACAGGCAUGAGCCAUCUCUGUGGGACCCGUCUCUGCCAUGAAAUUGCUCAUGCCUGGUUUGGCCUAGCCAUUGGGGCCCAAGACUGGACGGAGGAGUGGCUCAGUGAAGGGUUUGCUACUCACUUAGAAGAUGUAAUCUGGGCUGAAGCACAGCAGCAGCUGUCCGUCUAUGAGGCCCAUGAGCAUCAAGAGCUAAGGGCCUGCUUGCGCUGGCAUCGCCUCCAGGAUGAGCUGCAGAACUCCUUGGAGGAAAUGCAGGUGCUAAGACCCAGGAAAGAGAAAACUGGCCAUGUGAGUGACUCAGGAGCAUCUGUUGUCAAACAUGGACUCAAUCCAGAGAAGACCUUCAUGCAGGUUCACUAUUUAAAGGGCUACUUCCUUCUGCGAUUUCUUGCCAGAACACUUGGAGAUGAAACCUAUUUUUCAUUCUUAAGAAAAUUUGUGCACAUGUUUCAUGGGCAGUUGAUUCUUUCACAGAAUUUCCUUGAAAUGUUAUUGGAGAACAUUCCAGAAGAAAAAAGGCAAGAGCUAUCUGUUGAAAACAUCUUCCGAGAUUGGCUUGAGAGUUCUGGAAUACCUAAGCCUCUGCAGACCGAUCGUCAGGCCGGGGCGGAAUGCAGGCUCGUGCGGCAAGUGGACGCGGAGGUCACGAAAUGGAUCCAAGUGAACCGGAGACCUCGAAAACGGAAACGAGGGGAGCAAGAAGAGGUGUUUGAAAAGGUCAAAAGGCAUUGGCCCAGUAAGUGGGAAGUUGCAGUGUCUUCCCAACUUCUUCCAGACCAGCUGAUCUUGCUUCUGGAGCAACUCUUACAGGAGAAGACCCUGAACCUGCGAACUCUGCAAAGCCUCCAGCGGACGUACAGCCUCCACAAGCACGAUGCAGAGGUUCGCCACCGGUGGUGUGAGCUCGUUAUUAAGCACAAGUACAGCAAAGCAUACAAACAUGUGGAGAGAUUCCUUCAGGAGGACCAGGCCAUGGGCGUGUACCUCUAUGGGGAGCUGAUGGUGAGCGAGAAUGCCCAACAGCAGCAGCUCGCGCACAGGUGCUUUGCGCUGACCAAGGAGCAGAUGGACAGAUCCUCAGCACAAGUGGUGGCGGAAAUGCUGUUCUAAAGAGGGAAGAUCACAGUGAGAUUGUCUUUCAUACAUCUCCUCCUAGUCCUGGUGAGAAAGGAUUGCACUGACCCUGGAUAUCAAAGGAAGGACUACGUGGCUGCUAAAGCCAUCAGCCCACAGCAGUGUUUGUGUCUUGGGCUUCUCUUUCCCAGAGCCUGGGCUCAGCUGGGCAGAUAGAAAAGGUGGAUGGAUCCUCAUAAACACAGUCUCCGACCCAGAAGCUGCCUGGCCACCCUUGCUUUCUGUCCUUGAGAUGCUGAGUCUUCUCUGGAGCUCUGCUGUGGCCAUUCAUACAAACAGCAGACUGAGAACGUGCUGAUGACUGCAGGUCCCUCCAGCCUGCGGCUGCUCCUGCAUGUUUGUGAUUUCCAGAAAGGGCCACAACUACUGGAUCCUCAGAACAGUGACCACUGAGACCUGCUGCAAGGUUUCCAGAAGGAUUUAUCUAGACUGAUAUGUACAACAUUCGAUGUCUUCCAAACUUUUGAUACACUUUUGUAAAAGUGCUAGUCAGGAGCCUGAGAUGUUAAUAAAAUGUAGUGGAUUUGUUUAAAAUUUGUUUGGUUCUCAAUGUGCUACCACUUA